GUCGCUGGACCUGUGAAGUCAGACUCCACUGCGAACGAAACUUGAUUUAAUGACAAUGAAUUCUGAAAGCAAAACACAGCGCUGCACAAGGACUUAGAGAUAAGUAGGAAAGUCUGGUAAAGUAUGACGGUUGUGUUGCUGAUAGAUGUUAUGGUAGUAUUGUGUUCCUUGUGUCCUGGCGUCUGCUGGUCCGUUUUCGGCCCGUGGCGAUGCUAGCAGUAGUUCAUUGCUAUAGCGCCAUAUGGAUCCAUCUUACCCAGUGUUUCCCACCCACUAUUAUGUGCAAUCCGAGGCGCUAGUCUCCGAAAACCAUAUCUUGGGGAUUCCGGGGUUGGCACACCGUUUCUGGAUCGUUGCCGGCAUUGCUAUCACGCCCAUCGGUCCGCCCGUCUUACUAUUAGUAGAACCUCGACUCCGGAUAUUACGGUUCCAAAGCAGUGCUGUGAGGCCUUUAAAUGACCUCUUUAUUGGAUACUGUACGUACCAAGCCCGCGUGUUAACGGCAACCUUCAUAGACUGCAUACAUGUAGCGACGCCGACAUCCAGGUUCAAAUGCGACGGACCUGCAUCUUGUAUGCACUUGUCGCACGUGUGUCUCUCAUUGGCGUAUUGUUAUCAGACACCGCAGGGCGCCAAACUCUAAGAGGCAGUUGCCGAGAAUGGGGCACGGCCAUUGCCAAGGCCGCCAAGUCUCAGCGAGAGUG